AAAGCCUGCUUAAACCCUGUUAAUUAAAAAAAAUCUUGAACUCGAAUAUGGCGGUGAUGCGAAGAGCUUCGACUCUUGCUUCUUUUUUACUCGCCAGAACCCUCGCCACCAGCGGCACUUCCUCCGUAGCUACCGCCGUCCACCGUCGUUUUCUCUCAACCGGUGGAAACGGUGUUAAUUCCGGAUCGUACAGCCGCCGCUCAGCUGGCGCCAUAUCUCUUGGCUUCGCCGGAGCACUUGCUGCUGGAGCGUCGCUGUAUUUUCCAGAGGUCUAUGCCAAGGAACCGCCUCCGGCUAAUUUGGUUCCUAAGGACGUAAUUCUUUACCAGUAUGAGGCUUGCCCUUUUUGCAACAAAGUUAAAGCUUUUUUGGACUAUUAUGAUAUACCAUAUAAAGUCGUGGAAGUCAAUCCACUUAGUAAGAAAGAGAUCAAGUGGUCUGAGUAUAAGAAGGUACCCAUACUGAUGGUGGAUGGUGAACAGCUGGUCGACUCAUCAGUUAUAAUUGAUAAGCUGGGCCAGAAGAUAAUUCCUGAGAAAAGGGCUGAUUCAGCUUCUGAAGACGAUGAAGAGACAAAGUGGCGUUGGUGGGUUGAUAAUCACUUGGUGCAUGUCUUAUCCCCAAACAUAUACCGUAAUGUUUCUGAGGCUCUUGAGUCCUUUGACUAUAUAACAAGCAAUGGCAACUUUGGCUUCACAGAAAAAAUAUCUGUGAAAUAUGCUGGAGCUGCAGCAAUGUAUUUUGUGUCCAAGAACUUGAAGAAGAAGUAUAACAUUACUGAUGAACGUGCUGCACUGUAUGAAGCUGCAGAAACUUGGGUGGAUGCUCUAGAUGGUCGAGAGUUUCUUGGAGGUUCAAAGCCUAAUCUAGCUGAUCUUGCUGUAUUUGGAGUAUUGAGACCAAUUCGUUACCUAAGGUCUGGCAGAGACAUGGUGGAGCAUACUCGAAUUGGAGAUUGGUACACGAGAAUGGAGAAUGUUGUCGGAGAGUCUUCAAGAAUCAAGGCCUAGACUGGAUUCCCUGAGCAUUCUUUUUGGCACACUAAUUUAUGUGUGGCCAACUAUAUUAGUGCCUGUGCAAGAGCUGGGAACUGACAUCAUAUAACAUUUUUACACCAAUCAUUAUGCUGGUAAAUGCUUAUAAUUUAUGUGUUAUACUGCUAUUACACCUCAUUAUUUCGAGAUUAAAGUUUUGGUCAUCAUUAAUUGAUUAAAUGCUAGAAAGAUAGCUUGAAUGUGGAUUGUAUGAUAAUUCCAGCAAGUUAAUUGUAUUCAUCUCAAUAAAUUGUUAUUUGUAUUUUGGAAAUAGAAUUUUUAUGAAGAAUUUAGUUAAGAGUAA